AUGUCCAGCGCAGUGCAGCCCAUUCUCCCCCAGGGCGUCGGCUAUGGCGUCGUCAUUGGAAUCGGGUUCUUCUUCGCCCUGGUUAUGUCGGGCGUCUCGUAUCUGCAGAAUCGCUAUACCAAAUACUCCACCAAGAUGAGCGAAGAGUUCAACACGGCCAGUCGCAGCGUCAAGCCCGGGCUCAUCGCCAGCGGCGUCGUCUCGGCCUGGACCUGGGCCGCCACCUUGCUGCAGUCCAGCACCGUCGCCUACGAAUACGGCGUGUCGGGCCCCUUUUGGUACGCGGCGGGCGCGACGGUGCAGAUUUUCAUGUUCUCGGUGCUGGCCUGCAAGGUCAAGCAGAACGCGCCCCGGUGCCACACCUUCCUGGAGAUCAUCUACUACCGCUACGGCACCUUGACGCACUUGGUCUUCAUCUUCUUCGCCCUGAUGACCAACAUCCUGGUCGCCUCCCAGCUGUUGCUCGGCGGCAGCGCGGUCGUCACCACCCUGACCGGCAUGAACGUCUACGCGGCCGUCUUCCUCAUCCCGUUGGGCGUCGCCGUCUACGUGGUGCUGGGCGGCCUGCGGGCCACCUUCCUCUGCGACUAUUCCCACACCGUCGUGGUCAUGAUCAUCAUCCUGUACUUCAUGUUCUCGGUCUACACCUCCAACGACCUGAUCGGCUCCCCAGGCAAGAUGUACGACCUCCUGGUGCGCGCGGGCGAGCUGCGGCCGGUCGACGGCAACCAGAACGGGUCCUACCUAACGCUCAAGUCCAACUACGGCCUGAUCUUCGGCGUCAUCCAGCUGUGCUCCGGCAUGGGCACCGUCUUCCUCGACCAGGGCUACUGGCAGCGCGCCAUCGCCAGCCGGCCGACCACGGCCGUGCGCGGCUACAUCAUGGGCGGGUUCGCCUGGUACGCCAUCCCGUUCGGCUUCGCCACCACCCUGGGCCUCGCCGCGGUCGCGCUCACCGACAACCCGGCGUAUCCCACCUACCCGAACAACAUGACCUCGUCCCAGGUCUCGGCCGGCCUGUCCGCCCCAUUCGGGGCGGCGGCCUUGCUGGGCAAACACGGCUGCAUUGCGCUCCUGAUCACCCUGUUCAUGGCGGUGACGUCCUCGUCCUCGUCCGAACUGAUUGCCGUGUCGUCGAUUCUGACCUUCGACGUGUACAAGGUCUACAUCAAGCCGAGCGCCAGUCCCAAGGACCUGAUCUUCGUCUCGCACAUCAUGAUCUGCUUCUUCGCCCUCGUCAUGGCCGCCUUUGCCUGCAUCUGGAACGCCAUCGGCAUCGAUCUGGGCUGGCUUUUCCUCGUCAUGGGCCUCUUGAUUGGCGGCGCCGUCUUCCCCGCCGCCUUCGCCGUCACGUGGAAAGGCCAGACCCGGGCCGGCGCCGUGUCGGGCGCCCUGUCCGGCCUGGCCGCCGGCCUCAUCGCGUGGCUGGUCGAGGCCAAGGUGCACUUUGGCGAGCUCACCAUCGCCACCACCGGUGCUUCCUACCCGACCCUGGCCGGCAACAUGGCUGGCGUGCUGACCGGCCUGAUCGUGACCACCGUCGUCUCCCUGGCGAGGCCGGACAACUUUGACUGGUCCGUAACACGCGACAUCAACGCCCCGUCUUCCCUCUACGGCGACGUGGUACCGGGCCCCAACGCCGCCGGCACCGACGCCACACGGGCGGUCGAGUCCCGGGCCGAAGAGCUCGAGCCCAAGGACCCUAACCACAACGCCAACCUGCCCACGGUCGUGGACGAGGAGAAGGAGGAGGCUGAGGACGCGGCGGUGCUGGACAACCCACAGUCGCUACAGCGCACCUUCAUGUUCGCUCUGAUCCUGUCCACGGUGCUCUCCGUCACCAUGGACUUUAUCAUCCCCAUCCCCAUGUUCCUCAGCCACUACAUCUACUCCAAGGGCUUCUUCACCUUCUACAUCGUCAUCAGCUUCAUCUGGGUCUUUGGCGCCUUCGGCCUGUGCGGCAUCCUGCCCAUCUGGGAGACUCGCCGCUUCUGGCGCGAAUUCCUGGGCGAGAUCUUCACCGGCAAGAAAAAGGUUGUCACCGGUGUCAGCCCAGCCGAUCCCAAGGCCGUCUCCGAGAAGUCUGCCAGCGGCUCCGUCACCCCGAAUGCGAACCAGGGCGGCGGCGUCGAGGAGAUCAAGGGUUGA